AUGGCUACCUGCGGCGGGAUAGAUCACGAAAAUGAGCGUGAGGAGAAGGGUGUCAAAAGUGAGAAGAAAAGAAAGUACAGGUCUCCCAAAGAAAUUAAACCUAAGACCGAAAGUAGAGAUGAUGAUUUCUACUCGGAUGAGGAAGAAUAUCCUCAAGUCCCGAGUCUUCUUUCGACGGGCACAGGCAGAUCUAAUUAUGGAAGCAACACCUUCAUGAAGAGUGACAGUGAAGACAACGCACAAUUCAAGAAAGCCAAAUUCACAGUUACAAAAUUCCCACAAAGAGAAGUUUGUGCCGUCGUUAAACCAUCUUCCAACCUCCGUCAACACGAACAUGAAAGAGGUCUCCCAAAGAGACUUGACGAGUUGAAGACAGCGAUCGAGAAUCUCUCCGAAUAUUGGGAUGUAAUUAUGAGAUGCGAUGAGAUCUCCAGGGUAGAUGCCUUGCACGAGCAAAUCGAAAAGAGAGAUGAAGAAAUUUCGACAUUAAAGGAUAAGGUUAUGACUGUUGAUGCCUUGCAUAAGGCAGUGCAAGAGAAAGAUGCUAUUAUUUCGGAAUUGAGGGAUGCCAAUGGAAGGUUGCAAAGAGAUUUUGGACAGCACGCUGGUAAGGUUAAAGCGUUUGAGGAGUGGAAGAGUUUUAUGAAGUCAACUUUGCAUCUUGAAGCUUCUGUGAAGAAGUGA